CAUCUCUUGCUUCAAGCUUGUCAGAUGAUUUGUUGGCGAAGGCAACAAUUGAAGUCGUUCAGAGCUUAAGAAGAAAGGGUGUAAAGCCUGAAAUGACCCGUACAAACAUUCAAAUGAUUGGUGCUUUAAGCCGUGCUGUCGGUUACCGAUUUGGACCUCAUCUUGGAGACACUGUGCCAGUUCUGAUUAAUUACUGCACAAGUGCCUCAGAGAAUGAUGAGGAGCUUCGUGAAUAUAGCUUGCAGGCACUGGAAAGUUUUCUUCUUAGGUGCCCUAGGGACAUUUCUUCUUAUUGUGAUGAAAUUCUUCAUCUUACUCUAGAAUACCUAAGUUAUGAUCCAAACUUCACUGAUAACAUGGAAGAGGAUACUGAUGAUGAGAGUCAUGAAGAAGAGGAGGAUGAUGAGAGUGCAAAUGAAUAUACUGAUGAUGAGGAUGUCAGCUGGAAAGUUCGAAGGGCAGCUGCUAAAUGCUUAGCAGCAUUAAUCGUUUCUCGUCCUGAGCUGCUCUCAAAGCUUUAUGAGGAGGCCUGUCCUAAACUGAUUGAUAGGUUUAAAGAAAGGGAGGAAAAUGUCAAGAUGGAUGUGUUCAAUACAUUCAUUGAGCUACUACGUCAAACUGGAAAUGUUACAAAAGGGCAGAUUGAUAUAAAUGAAUCGAGCCCAAGGUGGUUAUUGAAGCAGGAAGUGCCAAAGAUUGUUAAAUCUAUAAAUAGGCAGCUUCGCGAGAAAUCUAUCAAGACAAAGGUUGGUGCAUUUUCUGUUCUGAAAGAACUUGUGGUCGUCUUGCCAGACUGCCUAGCAGAUCACAUUGGAUCACUUAUACCAGGAAUAGAGAAGGCAUUAAAUGACAAAUCUUCAACCUCGAAUUUGAAGAUAGAAGCUCUUAUAUUUACAAGAUUGGUAUUGGCAUCACAUUCUCCUCCUGUGUUCCAUCCUCAUAUAAAGGCUCUUUCUAGUCCUGUUUUAUCAGCAGUUGGAGAGCGGUACGGAGAGCGGUACUAUAAGGUAACAGCUGAGGCUUUAAGAGUAUGUGGCGAACUUGUUCGUGUUGUACGUCCAAAUAUUCAGGGAUUGGGUUUUGACUUCAAAUCUUACGUUCAUCCAAUAUAUAAUGCCAUAAUGUCUCGCUUGACAAACCAAGACCAAGACCAGGAAGUCAAGGAAUGUGCUAUUUCUUGCAUGGGACUUGUCAUUUCAACAUUUGGUGAUAACCUCAGAACAGAAUUACCUGCAUGCCUUCCUGUACUUGUUGACCGGAUGGGGAAUGAAAUAACACGACUUACUGCUGUGAAGGCUUUUGCUGUCAUUGCUUCUUCUCCUCUUCGGGUUGAUCUAUCUUGUGUUUUGGAGCAUGUAAUUUCUGAGUUAACAGCAUUUCUGCGGAAGGCUAAUCGGGCUCUAAGGCAGGCAACACUCGGGACACUAAAUUCCCUAAUUGUUGCUUAUGGUGAUCAGAUUGGUUCAUCUGCAUAUGAAGUUAUUAUUGUUGAACUUUCAACUUUGAUAAGUGAUUCGGAUUUGCACAUGACAGCUCUUGCUCUGGAACUUUGUUGCACUUUGAUGGCUGACAGGAGAUCAAGCCCAAAUGUUGGCUUGGCUGUUAGAAAUAAAGUUCUUCCUCAGGCCCUAACAUUAAUCAAAAGCUCGUUGUUACAGGGUCAAGCCCUUUUGGCUUUACGAAAUUUCUUUGCUGCAUUAGUCUAUUCUGCAAAUACAAGUUUUGACACAUUGCUGGAUUCCCUUCUUUCAAGUGCUAAGCCGUCUCCCCAGUCUGGUGGUGUUGCAAAACAGGCAUUAUAUUCAAUAGCCCAAUGUGUGGCCGUUCUCUGCCUUGCUGCAGGUGAUCAGAAAUGUUCCUCUACAGUGAAAAUGCUGACUGACAUUCUUAAAGAUGACAGCAGUUCCAAUUCAGCUAAGCAGCACCUUGCCUUGCUAUGCCUUGGGGAGAUUGGGAGAAGGAAGGAUUUAAGCUCACAUGUACUGAUAGAAACUAUCAUUAUUGAGUCCUUCCAAUCUCCAUUUGAAGAGAUAAAGUCUGCUGCUUCCUAUGCUCUCGGCAAUAUUGCUGUUGGUAAUCUAUCCAAGUAUCUGCCUUUUAUCUUGGAUCAGAUUGAUAAUCAGCAGAAGAAACAGUAUCUCCUGCUUCAUUCUCUGAAGGAGGUUAUUGUAAGGCAAUCUGUAGAUAAGUCAGAGUUCCAAGAUUCUAGUGUUGAGAAGAUACUUAAAUUGCUAUUUAAUCACUGUGAGAGUGAGGAAGAGGGCGUUCGAAAUGUUGUAGCUGAGUGCCUUGGUAAAAUUGCACUUAUAGAACCUGCAAAACUUGUUCCUGCGCUUAAGGUGAGAACAACUAGUCCAGCUGCAUUCACCAGAGCAACAGUGGUCAUUGCUGUAAAAUAUUCAAUAGUUGAACGGUCAGAGAAGAUAGACGAAAUUAUAUAUCCUGAGAUUUCUUCAUUCCUUAUGCUCAUCAAGGAUCAUGAUCGGCAUGUUAGGCGUGCAGCUGUUUUGGCCUUAAGUACAUUUGCACAUAAUAAGCCUAACCUUAUUAAAGGACUUCUUCCAGAAUUGUUGCCACUUCUCUAUGAUCAAACAAUUGUUAAGCAAGAGUUGAUACGGACAGUUGAUCUAGGCCCUUUCAAGCAUAUUGUUGAUGAUGGACUGGAGUUGAGGAAAGCAGCAUUUGAAUGUGUAGAUACAUUGUUGGAUAGUUGUCUUGAUCAAGUAAAUCCUUCGUCUUUCAUUGUUCCUUACCUCAAAUCUGGUCUUGAUGAUCAUUAUGAUGUUAAAAUGCCUUGUCAUCUUAUCCUCUCAAAACUUGCAGAUAAAUGCCCGUCUGCUGUUUUGGCAGUGCUGGACUCUUUGGUUGACCCUCUUCAAAAGACUAUCAAUUUUAAGCCAAAGCAAGAUGCUGUCAAGCAAGAAGUAGAUCGUAAUGAAGAUAUGAUCCGCAGUGCUCUUCGAGCAAUUGCUGCGUUGAAUCGCAUAAGUGGAGGGGAUUGCAGCCUUAAAUUCAAAAACCUUACGAAUGAAAUUUCAAAAUCGCCUACACUUUGGGACAAAUACUAUUCCAUUCGGAAUGAGUGAUGACCAAGUUGAUCCUACUAUGAAGUGGUUUCGGUGAAUUGCACGAGGGAGUGAUGAUUAUCAUUGUUUUGAUGUGUUGUGCUAUACAAGCUCCCUUGCAUAGAAAAGCAAAAGAAAUGGAAAGGUUAUAGCCCCCAGUUAAAGAUGUCUGAUGGGGUUGGAUUAAGAAUGCUGAAGUUUUGGUUGAAGAAGCUGAUACUUAUAAUGCAAAUACAGGCUAUGGAUUUUUAUGUAUAGGGUCAAGUACUGAUCUUUUGAUAGUAUUUGCUAUUGUUAGAGUUGCAAAUGCAAAUGCAAAUGUCGCUUUUUCCAUUUGGGGAAAAUGCAGUUCUUAUUACACAAUGGUUGUACUGAUUAUUUCAUAUGGAUCAAGAUAGAAGAUGACUGCAAUUUUUUAGAUUCAGUCUAUUGCUUUCUUGGGUCUAUUUUGGCAAAA